GGCGCACGUUUUAAAGAUUGGUACCUAACACACGUAAUAUCUUGCUAUAUAACAGGCUCGCUAAAGCUUGAAACUAAGAUUCUUUCGGCAAUCACCAAAGCUGCGUAAGAUACUUAACACAUAAAGUUGUCAUGUCUCCUGGAAAAAGAGUGGCUGUGGUAACUGGCUCAAACAAGGGAAUUGGUUUUGCAAUUGUUAAAGAGCUUUGUCAGAAAUUUGAUGGAGAUGUAUAUUUAACGUCAAGAGAUGAAGACAGGGGUAGAGCUGCAGUUGAAGAACUAGGAAAACUCGGCUUCCAGCCACAGUAUCACCAGCUUGACGUUGAUGAUGAAGCAAGUGGGUUGAGAUUCAGAGACCAUCUGCAGUCUCAAUAUGGAGGCUUAGAUGUUUUGGUUAAUAAUGCAGCAAUUGCUUUCAAGAAUGCUGCACCAGAACCAUUUUCUCAGCAAGCCACAGAAACAUUGAAAACAAAUUUCUUUAGUACUCUUAGGUUCUGCAAUAUCAUGUUCCCCAUCCUCAGGCCACAUGCAAGAGUGGUUAAUGUAUCAAGUUCUGCCGGUCAUUUAUUAAAAAUUUCAGGAGAAAACAGUGUAGCAAUUGAUCUAAGAAAAAAGCUUUGUUCAUCUGAUUUGACAACAGAAGAACUUACAGAAAUGAUUCAUGGAUUUGUAAAGGCUGCUCAAACGGGAGAUCAUGUUAAGUUAGGUUGGCCCAAUAGCGCGUAUUCUACGUCCAAAAUCGGAAUAAGUGCUCUAACUCGUAUUCAGCAAAGAGCGUUUGAUCACGAUUCCCGUCAGGAUAUAAUUGUGAAUUCGGUCCAUCCAGGCUAUGUUGACACUGACAUGACGAGUCAUAAAGGACCACUAACCAUCGAACAAGGUGCCGUCGCGCCGACUUGGUUGGCACUUCUUCCGCCAAAUGUAGAUGGACCAAAGGGAGGGUAUGUCUGGUAUGACAAGCAAAUAGUUGACUGGGUUAACGGGCCUACUCCAACAGUAGUUUAAGUGAACUUCCGUAACAAAUUACCUAUUGGUUUAUUG